AGUGCCUACACAGCGAUUCAGGUCUAUGUGACCAACACAGGGGGCCCACCAGAGACGGAUUCUCUUCCUCAGUGGAAACUGGGGCUUGUAACUAAUAACACAACCUGGUGUGUUAUCGACCGAGGCUUUCAGCUGAUCCCAGUGUGGGAUCUCAUCCUGUUCAAUCACAGCAGUGACUUUAAGUCCAUCUAUCAAAUGAGCACCAGCCUCAGGACUGCGUACGAAGCGCUAACGAAUGACCACGUUGGCACCAUGUUUGGAGAGGAACUGCUCAGUGCCGUGGAAGAGGCCAGAGCUUUUGUGGAGCAGGUGAAGGCCUGGGAUGGGAGGUUGGAUGAAAAGAAACUGCUCACGCUGAUCGAUUUCAAGCAGAACCUGAAUGAAAAAACCAAAAACCCCAGUGUCUGGAUCAACGUGUGCCUGUCGGACACGGCGCUGCAGGAGUUCCUGUUCAAUACCGUUCUGUUCUGCAAGAAGUCACCUCCAGAAAACACCACCUGUAUCAAGUCUCUGUUGAGGUGCCUCCUGGAUCCUCAUAUUUAUUCCGUCAAGGACUUCCCCAGGGCUUCCUUCAUUAUGCAGUGGAUCUUCCACUCUGAGCACAGCCUUCCCGAAACCCCCAAUAUUUCUGAGCUUGAAGACCUCAUCAAGACACUGCUGCAAAUGAAGGAGUACAUCCAGGAAGCCACCUACGCACCAGAAACCUCCGCAUCUGCUAUCCAUGAAGCAAAGAUAAAAGCCACCCUGACUACAAGCCUAGCUGUUUAUUCCUUUCUCCAGUCUCUCCAGGAAAGGGCACAGAAAGACAUAGAACUCUUGGUGCUCUUAAUCACGAGCAGCACAGGGUACCAGGUGGAAGGGAGCACUUUUCCGUACCUCCUUGGGUGUCCAGAAAUUAACUUCAUGGUAAAUGAAAUGCAAGUGGGACAUAAGGAGUAUCUGAAUCUGAAGGAGCAAGAUGUUUACAGAGCCCAGGCCUUCCUGCUGCUGAAGGGUCUAACUGUAACACCCAGAGAUGAAGAGCUGUCCCAUAAGCAGAAGCAUGAGCGUUUAGUCUUCAUGGAAGGUCAGAUGAAAAACUUAUGGUCCACAGAGAUAAAAACUCUCCUCGAAAAGCACAGUGCAUGCAAAGACUGGAAGAUGCUGGAAAGCGACUUGCAAUCCUUCAUCAGCGGGCUCUUGGACGACACGUGCGACGAUCUGAAGAAGCACAGUAUAAUCAAAGACAUGGAAGAGACUUUUCAAAGAACAGAGCCUUCCAGUCAGCCCAAGUCCAAAGCAGACGGCAGUGAAUCGAAAGCCAAUCAAGCCCUUGCAAACGAAGAGUUCCUCCACUUGCUUAAGCGCCUUGGACUAGAGAGUCACUACCCGAGAAAAAUGGGGACAGAAGAUUUCCACAUCAUAUACAAGACAUUUUUACAUGACAGUCAGCCCAGCAAGGACGAUGAGCUACCAUUUUACUUCUUGCAGAAGCUAUUAACUGUGGAUUAUCGGGUGAGGUACCUGACUUGCAAGGACAAGAGCAACCCAGGAGUCGCUCCUGUGCCAAAAACCACAGAGCAAGAGCACGAAGCCCUGGAUUCCUUUGAUGACUUUUUCACUGAUCUGGAGGAAGAAGCCCCUGAAUCUGCAACCGGUGACAAUUGUGUGCACCCCAUGGACCUCCAGAUGGCCCUUUUCCAUUGCGCUGAUGAUUUCAUGAGACAGUACCUUUCCACAAAGCUUGCUUUCUGCCAAUUUGCGCUACCUCUCCUGGUACCAAACCCGUGCACUUCACAGAUAGAGUUCCCCCUCUGGUCCCUCAGCCAAGUAAAAAAGAGCUGGAAAGAGGCUGAGAAGUCGGGAGAGCAGGCCAGGAUUAACAGUUACAAAAACAAACUCAUUUAUCAGGCGGAGACACCCAUCGUGUCCUUCAUACGCAUCGGCAGUUCUCCCUCCUCUUCCAAGUCCCAGCUCCUGAAUGCUCUGCUGAGCAAACAAAAGCACAACACUUUUUUCCACCGACAUUGCGAAGGCAGCACCAAAAACUGUUUGCUGAUGAAAGGCGUUGUGGAGAUCUCCUGGUACUGUCCCCGGGGUAGCGACGAUGACAGCUUUGACUGCUGUGUUGCUUUCUGUAACCUGCACGGAGACGUGAGGGAUCACGAAAAGCAGCUACAGUUUUUACAGGAGAUCUCUGCUGUGAACGUGGCUCUCAUAUCUGAGUCUGAUCAGAGCGACAAGAAAGGGAUGGAAAUUUUACGUGGCCUGUGGCAGUCGCAAAGGCCUUUGGUUUGCCUUUUCACUGAAAAAGAGAAAGUUGCAGCUGGCCGAUCUAGCCAAAACAUAAAAAUCGGUAUCAAGAACAGAAACGAAGCAGAAUUAAUGGGUGAGCUGACAAAAGCGAUCAAGGAUCUCCUGGAAGGGUCCAACGUGCUUUUCAGCCUUGACUCCUGCCGGGACAAAGCUCGCAAGCACGGGUUCUUAGUCGAUGAAGACACAGACGCGUGUGUGGUAGCCAAAGGAAAGGCGAAGGCGCUGGUGAAGCUUCUGAAGGAAGAGAGGCUGUUUGAGAUCAAAUCCAAGCUACUGCCUCUUCAGGGAAAACUGUGGUCCACGUGGUGCAAAAAGGACAAAGAACUCACUCGCUUGCAGGAAAAGGGGAAGAGGAGCAUAGAGCACCAUCGGAGCCAAAUCGAAUCAGAGAAGUCGGCAAUCAGGAGGAAGCAACUAGAGAAAGCGUUCCCCCUCAAUCAGCUGAUGAAAUCGAUCCUCAGCUUUCUCGAGUCCCAGCCAGCAGAUACCAAGAAAUACUUCCUGCAGUGGAUGAAGGUCUUUAUGGAUGACCUGUCCUCCGAUCGCCUGGAUGAACUGAAGAGGCAGUAUCACCAGUUAUGGUCUCAAAUCCUGGCAAUAAAGAAAAGCAGUGAAAAAACCAACCUGAAACCUAUGCUGCUGACUCAGUUAGAUGACCUCUCCAAUGAAAUCAACGAUUCGUCCAUUGGCCUUGAGCACAUCUUGAGAGAGGUAGGGCAGAUUUACGAAGCUCUGGAAUCAACGAACUCCAAGGAUAAAUGCGUUGUCAAGCUGCCUGAAAUUGCAGCUGAUCUGAUGAUUUCGGGGUAUCCUAUUGAGCUGAUGGACGGUGAUGCUUCUUACGUACCAUUGCAAUGGGUUGGAGCAAUCUUUGACAGAUUAAUUGAGAAGCUAGGGGACAAACGAGUCUUUGUUCUUUCAGUGCUUGGCAUCCAGAGCACGGGGAAGUCAACCCUGUUGAAUGCCAUGUUUGGUCUUCAGUUUAACGUCAGCGCAGGGAGAUGCACCCGGGGAGCAUUUAUGCAGCUAAUUAAAGUGGACGAGAAACUGCAGCAGGAUGUGGGCUUUGAUUACAUGCUGGUUAUUGACACAGAGGGACUUCGUGCCAUAGAGAUGGCCAAUAAGCAGUCCCUUAAUCAUGACAAUGAGCUGGCCACCUUUGUCAUUGGCAUUGGCAACAUGACGCUGAUCAACAUCUUUGGAGAAAAUCCUUCAGAAAUGCAAGAUGUCCUUCAGAUUGCUGUGCAGGCUUUUCUGAGGAUGAAGCAAGUCCGCCUUUCCCCCAGCUGCCUGUUUGUACACCAAAAUGUGGGAGAAAUAUCUGCCAAGGAACAGAACAUGGAAGGACAAAGACGUCUGCAGGAAAAGCUGGAUGAAAUGACUGUGACGGCCGCCCAGGAGGAAUUCUGUGACAUCUCCUGCUUCAGCGACGUCAUCCGCUUUGACGUGAACACCCACAUUCACUACUUUGCUCACCUGUGGGAAGGAAACCCCCCCAUGGCACCACCCAAUCCCACCUACAGCCAGAACGUCCAGGAAUUAAAGAGCAAAAUUCUCCAAGCUGCCAAGAAGGAGUCGCAGGGCAGCAUUUUGAGGCUCUCGAGCUUGAAAAUUCGUAUUGGCGACCUCUGGAAUGCUUUGCUGAAUGAAAACUUUGUUUUCAGCUUCAAGAAUUCACUGGAGAUUGCUGCCUACAAGAAACUGGAAACCGCCUUUAGUCAGUGGACCUGGAAGCUGAGGAGUUACGUCUUAGACUUGCAAAUAAAACUGGACAAUAAAAUUCGGAAUGGGGAAUUGCAGAACGUCACCAUAGAACACCUUGCAAAACUCGUGCAAGAGACAAGCGAUGCCAUCGUGAAAGACAUGGAGAAGUUUUUCAGCGAAGACAGAGACUGUGAGAUACUGAUCCAGUGGAAAAGCAGCACGGAAAUGAAGCUGAACGAACUGAAAGAGUCUCUUCUUUCUGAGACGAAAAAGAAGUGUGAGAACGUUAUUGAACUGAGGAAGAACCAGUGUAAACUGGAUGAAAGGAAGUCAGAAUAUGAAAACGAGCUCCUGAAAAGGAGUAGGGAGUUGGCUCUGUCUCUCAGAGGCCAGACACUAAGUGAGAGGCAACUGAGAGACAGCUUCAUUUCUCUCUGGACAAACUGGAUUGCCGAAGUCUCCUCCGCAGCCCCCCCUUCGGAACAGGUUGAUAUCGAUGUGGAAAUAGAGGAUGUCCUUCUAGAUCACUUUAAGGAGCCUAACGUGGCCAGGCGCAUCAGGACAUUCCCCACACACAGAGUAUUUUCUGUCGACUUGGAGAAACAUGUCGCUAAGAAAAAUCGUUUGCGCUUCUGGGCUACGAAUUUUGCCGACGCUGACGUGAGCAGCAUGCACCGCAUCACAGAUAACACCAUAGCGUGUGUGAAGGCAAACAUCAGUACGAAGGAAAAGGAGAAAAGGGAUUACAGUCGAAGUUUUAUUCAUGAAAUACUAAAUGAAGUACAGAAAGGUGUGAACGCUGUCCCUAACAACGCACAAUACCGUUUUAACAAAGAUUACAGAAUAGAUUUAUCCCUGUACCUGUGCCGCAUGGCAGCCGAAAGGUUUAAAGACAUGCAUGCAGCAUUCCAAAAGGCAAAUGAUCCAGCCGUCUACCUGGAGAGCAAGAGAGAAGAUUUCUUUAAGUGUUUCCAGAUUUCCUGCCAAGGAUCCACUUCUAUCACGACAUUUGCGGUUUUCCUGUGUGACAAGAUUGCACCAGCUCUCCACCAGGCGGUCUAUAAGAAGACAGCUCUUGCCAUAGCUCAAGACGUCAGGGAUAAAAUCCCAGACUUCAGUGGCAAUAGACACACUCUGGAGAUUUGCAUACUGAGACAGCUGGCACAAGAAGAAAAUUUUGACAAUUUCAAGGAGUACCUUUAUUUCCCAGAAGAGUUUUUCCAGAGUUACAUUGAGAGACGUGUGGUGGAGUACUGCCUGGAUAAGAACAGGAGGCUGGAGAAGUUCUUAAAUGACUCCCUGACUCACUACUACGGAAGAAUCCAGUCGGCUGUUUUUGAGUCAACCAACAUUGUCAAGCACAGAAAAGACAGGAAUGACAAAAUCUCUCUUUGGCUGGAUGAGUUCUGCAGCGCCCUUGGAGAGGUGCUAAGCUUGCCCAGGAAGGACCUGAAGGGCAUUGAGCAUCAGGAGGUGACAGACAUAGAGUUCCUGAGCAACGCCAUGGCAGAAGUGCUGGCUCCCCUGAGAGACAGCCUCAGGGAAGGCUUUGCCAGCGCCGAUAUGAGCUCAUUUGAAAGGCAGCCUCACACGAUCCUGGCCGAACAGUUUGCAGGGUGCUGGGAGCAGUGUCCCUUUUGCGGGGCUGUUUGCACAAACACCAUGAAGAAUCACGAUGGAGACCAUUACCUUGUCUUCCAUCGCCCGCAGGUUUUG